UAAGCGACGACUUUAGCCUUUCUAUAUAAUCAGACCAUCACUUGCAUUGUUAGAAAAAUAUCCUGAAAACAACUUUGUCGUACAAAGAAAAAUGGAUCUCUUCUUAAUCAUUGCCUUCAUGGUAGCUGCCACAGCCUUCUUCCUCCUCCGCAGCUCAACCAAGAAGCCUCUCCGCCUACCUCCGGGGCCAAAAGGUCUUCCUAUUAUUGGAAACCUUCACCAAAUGGAGAAAUUCAACCCACAACACUUCCUUUUCCGUCUCUCCAAGCUCUACGGUCCAAUUUUCACGAUGAAAAUCGGAGGACGCCGCCUCGCAGUGAUCUCCUCCGCUGAGCUAGCCAAGGAACUCCUCAAGACCCAGGACCUUAACUUCACAGCCCGUCCUCUCCUGAAAGGGCAGCAAACGAUGUCGUACCAAGGCCGUGAGCUUGGUUUCGGACAGUACACAGCGUACUAUCGUGAGAUGAGGAAGAUGUGUAUGGUUAACCUCUUCAGCCCGAACCGUGUCGCGAGUUUCCGACCCGUUAGAGAAGAAGAGUGUGGACGUAUGAUGGACAAGAUCUAUAAAGCCGCUGACCAAUCUGAGGGAAGCGUUGAUCUAAGUGAGCUUCUCUUGUCUUUCACCAACUGUGUUGUCUGUAGACAAGCUUUUGGGAAGCGGUAUAACGAGUACGGAACCGAGAUGAAAAGAUUCAUAAACAUUUUGUAUGAGACCCAAGCUCUUUUGGGAACUCUGUUUUUCUCUGACCUUUUCCCUUAUUUCGGGUUUCUUGACAAACUCACUGGUCUUAGUGCACGUCUCAAGAGAGCUUUCAAGGAGUUAGACACUUACCUUCAAGAACUCCUUGACGAGACUCUUGACCCUAACCGCCCUAAACCCGAGACAGAAAGUUUCAUUGAUCUUUUGAUGCAGAUCUAUAAAGAUCAACCUUUCUCCAUCAAAUUCACCCACGAAAAUGUCAAGGCCAUGAUUUUGGAUAUUGUUGUACCCGGGACUGACACAGCAGCUGCAGUAGUGGUAUGGGCCAUGACAUACCUUAUAAAGAACCCUGAAGCAAUGAAGAAAGCUCAAGAUGAAGUGAGGAAUGUGGUAGGGGACAAAGGACACGUCUCGGAAGAAGACAUCCCCAAUCUCCCUUACCUAAAGGCAGUCAUCAAGGAGUCUCUCCGUCUCGAACCAGUCAUCCCAAUUCUUCUACAUAGAGAAACCAUAGCGGACGCAAAGAUCGGUGGCUACGAUAUUCCGGCCAAGACCAUCAUUCAGGUGAACGCAUGGGCGGUUUCUCGCGACACGGCAGCAUGGGGAGACAACCCUGAUGAGUUCAUUCCGGAGAGGUUUAUGGGCAAGCAUAAAGGAGUGGAUUUCAAGGGACAAGAUUUUGAGCUCUUACCUUUUGGUUCGGGGAGAAGAAUGUGUCCCGCUAUGCAUCUUGGUGUCGCGAUGGUUGAGAUACCUUUUGCUAAUCUUCUUUACCGAUUUGACUGGAGCUUACCGAAAGGUGUUAAACCUGAAGAUAUAAAGAUGGAUGUCAUGACCGGACUCGCUAUGCAUAAGAAAGAACACCUCGUUCUUGUACCAAGGACGCACAUUUGAUCAGGCGCGACGAGGUGCACCAAACAAUAUAUUCGAUUUUGAAUUUAACAAAUAAUGUAUUCUGCUUAGC